AUGGCUGAGAUCCUGUUUCAAAAGAUCAAGCCUGUUGGCAACGUGCCUUCACAGAGAGUCCCCUUUGACCUGCCCUUGCAGACUGGCCUCGUGCCUCGUUUCUUGAUAACCAUCGUGGGGACAGUGAAUCCAAACCCCAGCAGAUUUUCACUGGAUUUCAAGAAAGGGCAUGAUGUCGCCUUCCACUUUAAUCCCCGCUUCAACGAGGACAACAGACAAGUCAUUGUCUGUAAUUCACUGAUUCAGAAUAACUGGGGAAAGGAGGAGAGAACCGCUCCCAGGUUUCCAUUUGAAGCUGGCAAACCUUUUAAGAUCCACAUUCUGUGCGAGACGGAUCAUUUCAAGGUAGCUGUCAAUGAUGCUCACUUGCUGCAGUUCAGCUACCGGCUGAAGAACCUGAAUGAAAUCACCAAACUCAGCAUUGCUGGGGAUGUCUCUCUCACCAGUGUUACGCCUGCUAUGAUAUGAGUGGGGUUUUGUAGUGUAACCUUCACACCAAGAAACAUACUCGGCCAUUUCUUGAAUAGCAGUUAACCUUAAAAAAAAA